AUGAAUCGCCAAGCUAUAGCAAACAUAGCUAGACAAGCUGCACAACGGCGGGCAGCAAGCAGAAUUGUGAGCGUGCCAUCACGGCAGCUCUGCCUCAAGCUCAUGCAACCGACAUUGGUGCCGCUAACAAGAUCAUUCAGCACAACGCCUGGUCGUGGGGCCGGUUCGUUUGGUCCCGGCGCUGGUGGCCCUGGAGGUGCUCGGAUGAAUUUCCAGCAAGGUGGCGAGGAGGAACAAAACCCCUUGCUCAAAUAUGGCACUGAUCUUACAGCCCUAGCGAGAGAAGGCCGUCUUGACCCAGUCAUCGGCCGAGACGACGAGAUCAAACGAACAAUCCAGAUCCUCAGUCGACGUACCAAGAAUAACCCAGCGUUGAUCGGCAAGGCAGGUACAGGUAAAACGGCCAUUAUGGAGGGCUUAGCUCAACAGAUUGCGAGGGGCCAGGUCCCUGAGUCUGUCAAAGACAAGAAGGUGAUCAGCCUCGACCUGGGUGCGUUGAUUUCUGGUGCCAAGUUCCGUGGCGAGUUCGAGGAACGGCUAAAGAGUGUUCUAGACGAGAUCGACAAAGAGCAGGGCAAGGUCAUCUUGUUCAUCGACGAGCUUCACAUUCUUCUUGGGCUCGGUAAAAGCGAAGGAAGUGUUGAUGCCUCAAAUCUCCUCAAGCCUGCAUUGGCAAGAGGAAAACUCCAAUGCUGCGGUGCAACAACACUAGACGAGUAUCGCAAGUAUAUCGAAAAGGACGCUGCGCUCGCUCGUCGCUUCCAACCCGUAAUUAUCAACGAGCCAUCUGUCGAGGACGCUAUUUCAAUCCUACGUGGCCUAAAAGACAGAUAUGAAGUCCAUCAUGGUGUUCGAAUCACCGAUCAAGCUUUGGUAACUGCUGCAGUGUAUUCGAACAGGUACAUCACCGAUCGCUUCUUGCCAGACAAGGCCAUCGAUCUGGUUGAUGAGGCUUGCUCAGCUCUGCGCCUCCAACAUGAAUCUAAGCCAGAUGUUCUUCAAACCGUCGAUCGUCAAAUCAUCACCAUGCAGAUCGAACUCGAGUCUCUCAAGAAAGAGACCGACCCAAUUUCUGUUGAUCGACGAAAAAUCAUCCAAGACAAGCUGAAGGCGAAGCGCGAGGAGUCUGAGCGGUUAACCAAAUUGUGGCAAGAAGAGAAGGCAGAAAUCGAGAAAGUAAAGGAAGCCAAGGAACAGCUCGAGCAAGCUAAGAUCGAUUUGGAACGGGCACGUCACUCGGGUGACUUUGCCAAAGCAUCUGAGUUGCAAUAUGCAACUAUUCCUAAACUCGAGGCCCAGAUUCCGAGGACAGACGAGAAAGCGAACAACGAGGACUCAUUACUUCACGAAUCAGUCACUAGUAACGACAUCGCUAGAGUUAUUUCACGCAUGACUGGUAUCCCGACAGACUCGUUACUCAAAGGAGAAAAAGACAAGCUUCUGUUAAUGGAGCAGCGAUUGAACCAGCGCGUGGUUGGCCAAGAGGACGCCACAAAGGCGGUUGUCCACGCAGUGCAGAUGCAACGUGCUGGUUUGACCAACGACAAACGGCCGGUCGGCUCGUUUAUGUUCCUUGGUCCCACUGGUACAGGUAAGACCGAGCUCACAAAGGCACUAGCUCAAUUCCUUUUUGACAACGAGCAGUCGAUCAUCAGGUUUGAUAUGAGCGAGUUCCAGGAGAAGCACUCUCUCGCCCGUUUGAUCGGUGCUCCUCCUGGCUAUGUCGGUUAUGACGAGGGAGGUGAGCUCACAGAACAAGUUCGCCGCAAACCUUACUCAGUUGUUCUUUUCGACGAGAUCGAGAAGGCGCAUCCAGAUAUCUCCAAACUGUUUUUGCAAGUUUUGGACGAAGGUCAACUAACAGACGGACAGGGCCGUAAGGUUGAUUUCCGCAACACCAUCAUUGUGAUGACCUCAAAUAUUGGUCAAGAAAUUCUUGUCAGUGACACAUCAGCGGACGAGACCGGAAAGAUUGACCCCAAGGUUCGCGAACUUGUUAUUGACUCGCUUCGUCGCAGAUACCCACCAGAGUUCCUGAAUCGUCUCGAUGACAUUGUGGUGUUCAACCGGCUUUCCAAGAAGUCACUGGAGUCAAUUGUCGAUCUCCGGUUAGUCGAGGUGCAGAACCGUCUCGCUGACAGACGCAUUGUUCUGGAAGUUGACCCUACUGCAAAGGAAUGGCUCGUGAACCACGGUUAUGAUGUAGCUUAUGGUGCGAGACCCCUAAACCGGCUGAUUCAGAAGGAAAUCUUGCAGCCGCUUUCGAUAAAGCUUUUGGAGGGCCUUGUCCAGAAUGGAGAUACUGUGAAAGUAUCAGUAAAGAACAGCAAGUUAGUUCUGGACAAAUUGUAA